AGCCAAUAGGAGCGUUCGCAUCCCCACCAUAUGACUUCCCUGGUAUAUCAUUCUUUAAUCUUAAAUACUCAUUUUCUCCCUGCAAACCACUCAUUAGUCUGGAAGCAUACUCAGAAGUAUUUAUUCUAUGAAUGUGCCUGUCACCCAUAUGCAUUAAAGUAAAAUAUUAUAAUUUUCCUGAUAAAUGCAAUAAUUUCUACAUGAUAAAUGAUCAUGUCGUAUUCAGUAAUAUGUAUUGACACCAUAUACUGUAUAUAAAACUAAAUUGACACUUGGGAGUCAGUUGACCGUUUUUCCUUUACAGACCGCUUAAACGAUGACUGCAAUGCAUCAUUCGUCCUGAGCCUUUUACGCCAUGUAUCCUCUGUUUGCACUUUUCCAGUCCCAUAAUAAUUCUUUGAAAUCUUCUUCAUCCGAAGAAAAAGUUGUAGCAUUUUAGUAAUAACGCUGUUAAAUUGCUGAGCCUAAUCAAGCGAGAUCAAAGCAUUUUAAUUGACGUGGCAGAGCAUCAUAGUGUGGGCGUGGUUUAGUAAUGUCAACAUCCUGGUGACAUAACCGCUCUCUCCAAAAUGGCGACGGUGGAUCACAGAGAAGCAGGUCAGGACGACCCAGAGAGUGAAGAGGAGGUUUAUGAGGUUGUGGACCUGACAGAAUAUGCCCGGAGGCACCAGUGGUGGAGUAGGGUGUUUGGGAGCAACUCCGGCCCGAUUGCAGAGAAGUAUUCUGUGGCCACCCAGAUCGCGAUGGGAGGGGUGACUGGAUGGUGUGCUGGUUACCUCUUCCAGCGGGUUGGGAAGAUAGCUGCUACUGCUGUUGGAGGAGGGUUUCUUCUUUUACAGAUCGCCAAUCAUAGUGGUUACGUGCAGGUGGAUUGGAAGAAGGUGGAGAAGGAUGUGAACAAAGCAAAGAAGCACCUGAAGAAGAAAGCAAACAAAGCAGCCCCUGAAAUAAACACAUUCAUUGAGGAGGUAAAGGCCACAGACUUUAUAAAAAGGAACAUCGUCUUGUCCAGCGGGUUCGUCGGUGGCUUCUUUCUGGGUUUGGCCUCCUAAAGCCGCUGCCGCCUCAAGUUACUGUGAAUCACAUCACUACAUAGGUCACUUUCCUCUCAGCCCCAUAUAUGCAUUGAUUUACCUUUUAACGAACUGAACGUUGGGGGAGCUGUGUUGAACAUUAAAGCAUGAUCUGUUGUGACAGUUGUAUUAACUGUGUUCUACUCCCCCUGUUUUACACAAUCCCAUCUAAUUAUUUCCUUUUGGGAGGAUUUUGUGCACAUUCGUGUGUGUUGGUUGAGUAGGGAAUUGGGAGUGGAUUAUACUGUGAAGACUUUGUUCUGUGGGACCCAUACUGGAUCUUUGCCAGAGUGCUGAACAUGUCAAGCUGCCACAAACUGUACAGAUUCCUCGUUGCUUUUUAAGCUGAUCGGAGUAUAGAUUGUCCAUCCCCUCAUGAAUUCGCCUGGUGGACACUGAUCUCAGAUUGUUAUAAAUUGGCAUGCGUGGGCACCAUUUUUUGUGUGUGUGUAUAUGUAUAUAUAUAUAUAUAUAUAUAUAUAUAUAUAUAUAUAUAUAUAUAUAUAUAUAUACCCCCCCACAAGGGUAAAUGUUAUAUAAACAUGGAAGGAAGCAGAGUGGGAAGUUAACACCAUCCCCCAGUCUAGUACAUUUUUAAAGUAGCUGUGAAGUUUAUGUGCAAUUUAAGCAUGUAAGCAAACACAAUUUUUAGUUUUUAAAGUUUGUCACACUGGCUCUGGGUUUAAAAAAAAAAGUUAUUUUCCCACUCUGAAUUUAUAUACAACACAUAUCAUGAGCAGAAAUCACAACUAAAUGUUAAUCUGCGAAUGUUCUCUUACUUUACACCCCUACAAAAAAAAAAAGAUUAUUAAAUAGAGAUCCUUUAUUUCCAUAAUCCUCAGCCCCACAAUGCCCUUUAAUGACGAGAUGAGCAUCUUCUGUACCUUAAUUACCACCGUCACGAGCUAGACAGCAAAAGUGAAACCAGUCCUGUCAUUAAAGAGCAUAAUGGAGCAGCUAUUGUGACUCCUACGCUCUCGCUAUUGUCAUUGUACAUUUAGUAGUGUCAGUGUAGCAAUAACACAACAGAGAGGCUGCCGAGUCGUGCGCAUUCACGUUAUCUAGGUAGGACAUCCACACAUAGGAGUCCACUUAAGUUGAUCACAAGUCGCUUAUUUUGUUUUUUGCCUUUUUCUACCAGUGCAAUAUACAGUAAUGUUACAGAUUUUUUUUUUUUUGGGAGGGAGCUUGUUAUGUCUCCAACUGGCAUUUAUUUUCUAUGCUUAUUACCCUACAUUGUAUCUAUUUAAUGUCAUUGUGUUAUCUGAGCUGUAUAUGAAUUUGGUUGGGUGUCUUUUAAAAUAAAGUUGCCUGAUUUUGUUUUGAA